GCUGCUGCUGCUGGUGCGAGUGGUGGUGGUGCUGCUGCUGCUGCUGCCGCUCCCUGGCCGGGCACGUUGUUCCGCUUCCCGCUGCGAUCAGCUGAGCUGGCGGCCGCGAGCACCAUAUCCAAGCAGGUAUACACCCCCGAGUCGGUUCGAGUCCUGCUGCAACAGCUCUGCUCCGAAUCCUCCCAGAUCCUGCUGUUUCUAAAACACAUCGUACGACUGGAGGUGUACGAAUGGCCUCGCGGCGCCGCUCAACCACACCUGCUGUUCGCUUGCCACGUCAGCAACCCCAGUCAGGAGGUCCUUUGGGAGAGAGGUCUGUUCGCCCGGGUUAGCGGUGAACGCCCCUCCUCCUCCUCCUCCUCUGCACCAUCACUAGCAGCGGCAGCAGCAGCAGGAGUUCUAGCAGCAACUGGUUCUGCUACUAGCGCUGCUGCCGCGGAUUCCGGCUAUCAGCCGUUACCCGACAUCCUGCGUAGCUAUCGACUGGAGCUCCAGAGCGAGUGGUACGACACGGGAGGGACAUGGAACGUACGACAGGAGGAGGGGGAGGCGGAACAACAGCAGCAGCUGCAAGGGCAGCGGAGACGGGCGCGCAGGCGGCUACAGCGGCGGUCGUUUAUCGUGUCUCAGAUGCGGGGCGGGGGUGAUGUGGCGGAGUUUGCGGAUCAGCUGUCUCGGCACUUUGGAGUGCCCCUGGUUGCAUGGGGCGCGGUGGCAGCAGACAUUACGGUGCUGACGUCAGCAGCAGCAGCGGCGAGGGCGGGGAGUGGGGCUGGUGGGGAGGAGGAUCAGGAGCAGGAGGAGGAGGAGGUGGCAGCAGCGCCAGAGGAGGGUCGCGCGUUCUGCUUCCUGCCGCUGCCCGCUCGUACCGGACUGCCGGUUCACGUCAACGGCUACUUUGAACUGUCGAGCAACCGCCGAGACAUUUGGCAUGGUGAGGACAUGGCCGGCAGUGGUGCCCGGCGGGCCCAGUGGAACACCAUGC